AUCAUUCCCAGAGGAUCUAAAGACAAAGGCCAACCAUUUUGUCCAAAACCCGGCACCUUUUUUUGUUAUGUCUGUCUCCUCUCUGCCAGAAUGGAAGCAACUCCUGCUGGACAGAAAGAGGAGAGAGGAGGAGGAGCGAGAGAGGAGAGAGAAAGAGGAGGAGGAGAAGCUUGCCAGCAUGCCCGCCUGGAAGCGAGGGAUCAUCCAGCGGAGGAAGGCGAAGCAGGACAGUUUGGGUGACAGAGAAAAGGAGAGAGAUGUUUGCCUGCUGCAGGUGGAUGCUAGAUCUCCUUCUGGUGGCCUGAGUGACACGGACAGUGUUGUAACACUCAAUUUCGAAAGUGAACUAUCGCUAAGUCCAGAACCGGGACAAUGGUUAGAUGCAGACCUCAAACCAGUGAGUCAGGUGUCUGUAAAAACUAUAGUUCCAGUCCAUGAAAAUCCAUUUAUCCGCACGCUGACAUCAUGGAGGAAGGGCAGAGAUGCAGAAGGAGGGAACGAUCCAGAAGUUAAGGAGAAGGAGAAAGACAAAUCAAGUCCCAGGACUCAAGAUGGGGAGUCAGGAAGAGGACAAGAUCUAGAGCUGAAAAUAGAGAGAUUAAGAGAUUUAAGUGAGGGACGGGGACGGGAAAAAGAGAAAAGCACGGACAGAAAUCAACUAAGAGAACAAGAGAAUAGCAGGGAGGGAUUGGAAAAAGAUAAAAGCCAAUGGAAAGAGUCAGUUAAAGAUGCAGUCAGGGAGCGGGAAUUUAUCAAAGUAAGAAAAGAUGAGGAGGAAAAAGAAGCAGAUCCACCAUCUAGUUCGUUUUCUCCACUUGUUCCUUGUCUUCGGACCAUCCGAGCCAACAAUAUCAUCAUCAUCGAGCAGGACAGUAAUGAUGACAGAAGGGGUAGAUGGAGUGAAACUGAGAGGGAGAGGCCUGAAGAGGACCACCAGGGAAAGAGAGAGAUGAAGAUGGACCUGAGGGAGAUCCUGGCCGGAGGAGGGAGUGUCACUGAGAUCCGAGCAUCUGAGGUUUUGAUCAUAAAACCCUCACCAAGCCCUGAAGAGAGGAAUCUAGGAGGAGGAGGAGGGAAAGACUCAAGUAGAGAGGAUGGAGAGAGGAAGAGCAGCAUGGAUGGAAGGUUUGAGAGUUUGGGCAGGGAGCUCAGGAUGGACAUGUCCUGGCUGAGGGAAAAAGAGAAAGAGAGACCAUGGGGCCAGGCGACAGUUAUUAAAGAAGACAGGAAGAACAGCUUGGAUGGUAAUGUGGCUGUUGACAGAGGAGGGAGGGUCAGCCAACUGCUGAGUAAAUUCGGAGAGCACCCUAAGCCUCCAUCUCGAUCCAAAAGCUCUGAUAAUUUCCACCGGCCUGGAAGGAGAAAAUAUUCAGGAGAUGAAGAUGAUCAACAAUCUGAGGCAGACAGAAGAAAUACUCCAUUGAAAGGUGUGCCGAAACGCUCAUUUAGCUUCUCUGAUCGUGUCAUUGGUGCUAAGGAGAAUGGUUUAGAUGGCGAUAGAUAUCAAGAGAGAAAAAGGAUGCAUUCAGAGAAAAGUGUAGUGCCAUGGGUUGACAUAGCAGACUUGGGAAAGGAAACAGUUGCAGGGUCCAAACUGGGGUGUGCACGACUUUUAGAUAAAGACAGGUUUGGAAAGCAUAGAGAGAAACACUUAAAAAAUGAGGAUGAAAAGGAGGCACCUAUGCAGAGAAGAAAUGAAGCAGACAUCUCCAUCCAACACAGGAGUGAAGUUAAGAAAGUCAAUGCUGUUGACGCAAGGGCUGCAGAAAAGGCAGGUGACGCAGAUGGAGACGAGGGAUUCACAGUAGCAUCUGUCAAAAACACAGAGGGAAUCUCGUUUGCUAGAAGAGUACCCAUCAGGCACGAUGGGAAAGCAAGAGCUGAGAGGGAAGUGAAGCGACUGACAGGAGAGAAACGUUCAGAGAGGGUGCUGAGUGCAGAAAAACAUUCAGAAGUGGGGGGACAGGUUGAGGUGCAAGUUUACGACAAAAAGGUGUCUGAUUUUCAGAGAGAAGAGGGAUUCCAAAGCACAAUGACACCCGAAGCUACCCAGAAGAGUUAUAUCAUUGCUGCAUCAGCAGAGCCUGCUUGUCUAUGUCACGCUGCUGAGAGUCAGUACAGACAUGAAUCAGCUUUCACAGAGUGCUCCAGUCUACACUGUCCUGUCACGGACAGGGCUCGAGACCCCCAUGGAGGGCCAGAGUGGAGUGGUACGGGACCACAAGGACUUUACGUAGCACACUCUGUUUUGUCCCAACACACAGAGGAUUUUAUAAGUAAAAUCGAAAAAAUAGGAGACACAACUGUUUAUAGCAAAGAUAAAGUUGAGAGGGCUUACAAGGUCACCUAUGAAGUGAGCAAGGAGAGCAAACAGGAUAUGAACAUGUACAGUGAUGCUGGAUCAGAGAACCUUGUUUAUGAUGAUAUAACCCCAAGAUCUCCAAAAAGGAUUGCAUCCAUGGGGAUCCAUCCAAGUCCCCUUGAGAUUCAAAUCCCCAGAACUGUGUUUUAUGUUGCAGAAGAAAUGGUGGAGAGAAAAAAGGCCGUAGGUCAGAGUGACGAGUGGCAAGACUGGGAAGGAGGUAAAGGGGUUGAGAGAAGGGAUAGUUGGAGGAUUGGAAAACCCCUGAGCCGCAUUGAGUCCCUGCGAGAGAAAAUCAGACAAAGAGAGUUGGAGAGGCUGAAACAAAGAGACGCACAAGAUGGAGGUGGGAGUGACAGCGCAGAGACAAAUGUCACUCAGACAGCCGAGGACAGGCGCAAUGAGAGGGGAACUGAAAUGCAGAAAGAGUGGGAAGCUGCUGCCUAUAUGCGGAAGAGGCUGGUCGAAGCAGAGAGGGGACAGGAAGACGCAGAAGUACAGACAUCCAUGACUGCGUUUGACGUCACACAGGAAGUCAGCGUGUUGAAAACCUGCCCUCAGCUUCCUGUUUCUGUCCCACACUCGCAAGCUGUCAGAGAGGAAGUAUCAAGCGAGUAUGCCACUGAUGCCUCUGAAGUUAUCUCUGAUAGCUCACAGAUAUCUGAGGAUGAAGACGACCCUGUGAAACAUGUGGAGGAACAGCUGAGGCGUCACAGGGGCCAACACGAAAACAGAGAAGAAAGGGAGGAGGAGGAGGAAGAGGAGGAGGAAAAGGAACUCUCAGAGGAGGAGCAAGAGGAAUAUACAUCGUCUAACGAAUCUGUACAGUCUCUUUCCCCUUUGCCACCUCAUCCCAACUCCCCUGCAGCUAUGAGUCGGAUCUACAACUUGGAAACAGUUGGCUCAAGGUCGGGCUUGUGUAUGAGGGAGAGGACUGUAGACAUCCCGUCAGUGCACCUUGUUAAAGUGAAGCCCAUCAUCAAAUCAUCAAAUGCACAGCAGGCCGACACCAAAGGAUUCUCAGGUGAAGACAUUUGUGGGGUGCAGAAAAUACAACGACAAAUAGAGCAAUUUCAGCUAAAAGAGCAGGAAGAGCUGAAUUCACGUACAUCACCAAGCUCUUCUCUUAAGGACAGAGAAGCAAAGGGGCAACAAAGCCCUAGAGGACUGUUAAAGGUUAAAGAUGAUGCCAAGACCCAGGAGAAAGAUCAAGAAACGCCAAACCUCAAAGUUUCCCCUCAGGGUAUUUGUUCUCCAACAUCUCAGCUCAAACCAUCUAACCAAACUAUCACCAUCACCUCCUCACUUCUCAGGACCCAAUCGCCGGACAAUACUCUGAAAGCCUCAGACUGUGCCCCAACUCCGGCCUCUUCUCCAAGCUCCUUGUCCCCUGCACAGUCUCCAAGCGUCUCUCCAUCUCCCACCCCAUCGCCCACACUCUUCUCCAUCAGGAGUGCCUCUGGAGGUAAAGUCAAGAGAGGUGCCACCAUUACAAUAACUCCAAAAAAGCCUGCCGGAGGGAGUGGAGGAGGAGGAGGAGGAGGAGGUGGUGGUGGUGGUGGUGGUGGUGGAGGAGGAGGAGUAGUGACAGGGUCCAACACAGCAGCAGUGCAGACACCAGCAAAGACCUCAUCGUUGCAGGCCCAGACGACUUCUGCUGUGGCCGAGCCAGUGAAGAAGAAGUACCCCACAGUGGAGGAGAUCGAGGUGAUUGGUGGAUAUCAGAAUCUGGAGAAGUCCUGUCUGAUCAAGAACAGAGGAACCCCGAAAAGGGGAAAGGUGUGUUUCGACGAGGACCAACUGGAGCAGGUGUGUGAGUACCCAUCAGAGACCACCAUGCUGGCUUAUACCCCCUCCCCUCAUGACCUGUGGAAGCUGCAGGGAGAGGAGGCGAAGGCGGAGGAGGCUGUAACGGAGGGAGGAACAAUCCAGAUUCAGCCCAAAAGCACAAAGAAUGUGGGGAUUGGGAUGGGGCGGGGUCUAAGAGUGGGUCAGUGUCACCCCCUCCUCAAAAAACACAAUGUGUAGGGAGUGAGAUUAUGGAUUCAGAUUGUUUCGCCAUUCAUGAUGUCUUACAGACUCUCCAAAAGUUUGGACUUUACUCAGGCGAAGAUGGCAAAUGUCUGUUUCUUGUUUGUUUAUUUUCACUGUGUUGUCACCGUGGAAGAAGGCUAGGGUGCCUGAACUUUCCUUAAAUGAUAUGUCAGGCAAUAUUUUACUGUAUUUAUUUCUUAUUGUCAACAAAUACCAGGAAAAGAAAAAGUCAAAGCCUGAUUUAGCUCACGUCUCUGAGCCAUGGAGCUCCACUGUUGCGCACUGAGCACUGGUGAUGCUGUAGGUUAUUGUAAAUAAAUGUACUAUCUACUCCUGUCUGAGAGCUAAUAACUACAGUGCCCAGGUAUUGUGAAGUUUUUAAAAAUCAAACAACAUAUCUUUGACCCAUUCUGGUGUUCAGAAGUAAUCUUUUUGAACCUUUGACUUCAUAGCUGUCAGCAAACCAACAAUCCCAACGACAGUAUAUCCUCUUUUGUGGAGCAGUUUGUACUCUGACAGAAGAGGUUAAAUAAGUUUAUGGUGCAACACAGCUAAUGAGCUACACUAGCUUCCUCCAUUUUACUUUAACUUCACCUCCUCUAGAAAACUAACUGAUUAUGGCGGUUCCAUUUGACUCAUCCUGUGACGUUUGUCUUUUCAUAGGAGCUGUUGACAAUAAGAAAAAUCUUGACUAACGCCAGCCUUAUACUUUCAAUGAACAAACUGACAGUUUCAGCAAGCGUAUUGAAGAAAUACAAACUGAACAUCUUGGCUUAAAGUGGUUUUGAAAUCCAGCAAUGGAAAAGGUCAAUUUGGCUAAAUUGAUGGGUAGGUAGGUUGCAUUUAUGGCCCUCAUAAAGCCAUAAAUGUUAUUGUUGGUGAGUGGGGAGUAGACAGGCACAAAGAUAAUAAUAAUAAUAAAAAAUACAAGAGAAUAAAAAUCUUAGAUUGACCUUAUUCAGCUUUGCUUAUCUUUCAGAUGAGUCCUGGCCUCAGUAGAAGCCAGUCACCUCGCCAAAAUUGCUCAUGUGAUGAGAUCACCAACAUUUUGUUAACAUGAUAUGACAUGAUUUUUAUUACGCUUUGUUUCAUUUGAAUUGAAUGUUGGAGUGAGUGUUGGUAAUCCUUGUGUUGUUUUGUUUUAUUUAGUAUCAGAAUGAAUGAGUGUUGUGUGAGAAAUGUACAGUUUGGUUUAUAAAUGCAGUUAAAAAAAAGGAACAUAAAUGUGUUUACACAGCAUAUUAUCGCCUAGUUUUGUUUUCAGGGAAACUGAGGGACAAAUUUGAAUGUAUAAGUACGGUACAUAUUAUAAAAGACCCUUAGAUGUGCACUGAAGGAUCACUUGUCUAUGCAAUAUAAUGAAAGCAAUAAGAUUUAAUGCGUUAGUGAAUGUUGUUUGUGAAUUCUAAAUUGAAGUCAGCACUGCCUCAGCACAGAAGAGUGAUGUUUUUAUCAUCUGGUUUCAUGUGCCUGCUGGAUUUGCCCAUACAGAUGAUAUGAAGAUCAGUUUAUUUCGAUAUUUUUUUGGAAAACCUCCUCUCAGCGGGUGUCGUGUUGAACGUUGCAGGAACGGGGGUGGUGCAAUGUGUGCAGCAGGACACUUUAAAAAAAAAAAAAGGUCAGUGUCUUUUGUGGGGUUUAAUCGAGCCUUACUGUUAAAAUGACAACUGGUAACAGUUCAGUUAAUGUGUAUGGAUAUAAAUAAAGGUGUUAUUUUGUUAUUUUUGUCAGUGGGGAGAGAGCUGUGUGAGUGAAAGUGACAAGUUGAGAAAAUAAAAAAUGUAUUAACAGAUUAAUUUCAUUAUAUUACAGCCGCUUUCUGACUCUUGGGUGUAUUACAUUUAUAAUACAGCAAAUACGGAGUAUUUCAUGUUUGUAAAUUAAUAUUUUAAUUGGUGAAAUAAGAUGUAAAUUCUGUGCAAAUAUGUUUUUUUCUAUGAUGGUUGAAGAAGCUGGCUUCAAGAAAAAAAAAAGAAUAAAUAUCUCUGAAAACAA